GGAGCGACCAGACUAGGAGGAAAAGCCAGAGAAACCAAAAGCCUUAAUCCCCAAGAAAAGAAAACCCAAUUCAAACAACUUUUUUUCUUCUUCUUUCCCAAGUGGCCUGCGAAGCCUUGGAGCCUUCGGUUUAUAUCAGAGUCACAUCCAGUAGUUACUCUUGCCAGCAAAAUCACAUCAAAAUCAAUCUCAAAUUCUGUGUUUUUAUCCGUUCUGUAACUGGAAUUUCAGUGCGCAUGGCGAAAUUGAGGAUUGGGGGCGCAUGGUCAGGGGUUUUGGAGGUGGAAUUGGAGGAAUGGACGGUGGUGAUGUUGAAAGAAGAAGUUGCCAAGCGGUCGGAGUGUACGGCGGCGGAGAUCAACCUGAUAUGCGCCGGCAGGGUGUUGAAAGACGGAGAUGGGGGUCAGAAGCUGAGCCAGUUGGGCGUGAAGAACAAUGCCAAGAUUUUGGCGACGCGUGUCUCUGCUGAUGAAGGCAACGCUUUGAAGGAGGGCCUGAUGGCUGAGGAGGAACGCUCUUGUCGACUUUCUCGGCUCAAGGCUGCUGUGACUGCAUUGGCUGAGAGACAUUCAGAUGGUUCAUUACCACUUGAAGAUUUCAAUAUAGAGCUGGUAAACCAAAGUGGGGAUGAAGUAAAACUGGGAUCUGAGACUGAUCAGAGGGCUGUAAUGAUGGGUCUAAUGCUUCAUACAAAUGCUAAAAAGUUAAUUGCAUCUGGAAAGUAUAAAGAUGCAUUAGAAGUGCUUGCCAUGGGAGAGGAAGCCUUUUCUCUUUGUAAAUCUGAGGUCAUUGAGCUGAUUGACAAUAUCCCAAUACUACAACUAGAUACAGUGUGGUGCUACUUCAUGCUUCAAGACAUAGAGUUGCUAUCACAAGCAGGAAUGCGCCUUUCAAAAGCUAGGCAGGGGAUUGAACGUGCUCAUGGGAAAGAAUCUAGCCGUCUUGCACUCCUUCAAAGAGGCAGACCUGAAAUUGCCUUACACCUGAGGAUGGAACUGUUGGAAGGAGUAGUGGCGUACCACAGUGGCCAGUUUGAAAAAUCUAGGCAGGCAUUAACCUCUGCACAAACUAAGUACUUCCAGCUUCAAGUUCCUGACGAAGCUCUAUCAUCGCUUGUGGGCAUGGGCUUUAAAGAAUCUGAUGCAAAAAGGGCCCUGCGCAUUAACAAUCAAGAUGUUCAGAGUGCUGUUGAUUUUCUUGUGGAUGAGAAGGCAAAACGGGCACAGAAACGGCUAGACGACAUUCAGCGAAGGAAAGAUAUCAGGGAGCAGAAGCGCUAUGGAAUGACGGCCCUUAGGAAACCAGUGAAUCUUCUUAAAUUGCAGGAAUUAACAAUAAUUGGGUUUGAGAAAGAGCUUGCUGCUGAAGCACUCCGAAUAAAUGAGAACGACCUUGAGAAGGCUCUGAGUGCAUUGACUAAUCCAGAAACUAACACUGCAAUUCAGAUUGAUCUUGAAACAAGGAAAAGGAAUAGACAGCGUCAAAAAGUAGAUGCUACUAUUGAAGAGCUUGUUUCCAUGGGUUUCCCUAGAGCAGCAGUUGUUGCUGCUGUUGAGGAAUUUGGCACAAGAGAACGAGCGCUAAACCAUCUACUCGGGCAAGCUGACCUGCCCGCUGCAGGAGGUGGGAAUGCAAGUUCUGCUGGUAGCAACAUUUUGAGCAAUGAGAAUGGCGUUGAAGCUACAUCUGGCGUCACUGAACUCGCUAGCGGUGAUGAAGCCGUUGACGGUCCAAGUCGGGUGAAAAUAGAGCGGGAUGUGGAGAUGGAAAAUGAACUCACAGGGGGGCUGCAAAGCACAGAUGCUUUCUCGGACUAUGACAUGGAUGUUACUAAAGAAGGUGAAGCUAUAAGUGUGUACUUGACUAUGCUGGCCUCUGCAGGGAACUUUGAAAAAGGCUCAUCUUCUCACUGAGAGGUAAUUAUCUUUUAAAGACUAUUAUGAACUUAUACAUAGCACAGUCCUCUGCUAUAACUUAGAAGAACUACAGGCAUUGCAGAGACAAAAUCAGCUGUACAGUGAACAAUGUUGGUAUUGGUAAGGUGGCUUUUGGAAUUUCUGUCUAUGACAGAUAAUGAAUGGAUUAGUUGACUUUUGAGACAAGA